AUGUGGUGUUUGAUAGCUAUUUAUAUUUUAACCUGGGAAAUGUCUAUGUCCUCAAGAAUAAUACUAUCAGAAAAAGUUUCAGUAAUGGACGAAAUUGCUCAAGACAGUGAAACAAAUGAGGAAGCGAAUGGAAGAAUAGUCGGUGGGCGCAACGCUACGUGUGAGGAGUUCCCUCACCAAGUCAGCUUCAUUGUGAACAACUCUUAUUUCUGCGGUGGAAUUAUCCUUAGUGAGGGAUUCGUAAUGACAGCUGCACACUGCGCAGAAAACGUUGAUCCAACCACUGUAGUGCUUAGGUCAGGCAGCACUUUCCGUACAAAUGGUACCAUCAUACCAAUUAUCGAGGUAACUCCUCAUCCGGACUACGACAACCCACCAUAUGAUAAAGACGUGGCCAUCAUGAAGACAGCAAAUCCAAUCAAGUUCAAUUCCUGCACACAACCUAUAAAGUUACCACCUAAAGGACUAACUGCGGAGUACGGAACAGUUAUGACCGUAAGCGGAUGGGGACGCACUCAGCAAGGUGCUUCUACGAUUCCCGAACGACUAAUGGCAGUCAAUCUAACGGUGGUGAAUCAUAUGCUGUGUCAAAUGGCAUAUUUUUCGAUAAACAUCACCGAAAAUAUGCUGUGCGCUGGUAAUUUCUUCUUUGGCGGAAAGAGCACGUGUCAGGGUGAUUCCGGGGGAGUUGGUGCAAUCGACGGUGUAGCCAGAGGAAUUGUGUCCUUCGGACGUGGUUGUGGGCAGCCGUUAUCACCGAGUGUGUUCACCGACAUUUCAGCUCCGGAUAUGAGAGACUUUAUUACUAAGCUCACGGGACUAUAG